UCUUAUUGACACCAUCAAACUGGGCGAGAUUAAUCAUUCGACGACACGUUCUCGACGAUCGUCGAUAUUCCCUCUUCCGGCAAUCGUUUUGGCCAUAGUCAGCAAAACCAGCAACAACACCAGCAAAAAACAUAUACUUUGACCGCGACAAACUACUACAAUCGCAGUGAUUUAUUUGUUCGAGUACAAAUCACUUCCAGACGUUUUUUACCCUCCCUUCGACCACUUCGUCCCUCCGCUUACGCUUUCAUCAGUUUUUCCACACGCCGAGUACUCGCCAAGACCACGGGAUAUGCUCUUCGACGAAUCCAGACACCAACACUAUACCAAUCAUAUUAAGUUUCAGAGCUUAACGAACUUGCCAUGUGGUUUGGAAUCCAACAACAACGUGGCCCCCAGCUCGUGCAUGGACGAGGAGGACGCCAGUGCAGACGACGAUGAACACAUACGAGACUUUUUGGUGUACGAGAAAACGUCGACUGCCGCGUCUGAUGACGCCUAUUCAAAAGUCAUCAAUGGAGGCACCGGUGGCAACUAUGGGAGCAGCGGAGGUGCCGGGGGCGACAACAAACUCCGGAUCGAGUAUCCGCCCAAGUUCCGCAAUGCCCGCAGCAUGUCCUUGUCGAUGGAGAGGAAUGCGUACUGCGAACUGUGUCGCAUCUCUGGCCGGAGUCCGGUGCCAUUCGAAUGCGGAAGUGGCGGAUCCGGUAUCAGUGACGGGAUCGGCCUCAACGAAGACGACAAGAACGUUCGCCGGUAUUUUGGAUUCACCAUCAAACAAUACAUGGCGCUCGCUUCUCUCGCCUUGGUCGACUUUCUUGGAUUCUGCUCCAUGUCCGUCAUGGCCCCGACCUUCCCGAAAGAGGCUGAAAAGAAAGACAUGACGUUAGCAGAAGCCGGUUUCGUGUUCAGUUUCUUCGCUCUGAUCAUGUUCCUUCUGUCGCCUGCCAUGGGAUCCCUGAUGCCAAUUUUCGGUACCAAGUGUUUGUUUAUAUCAGGAGUAUUUAUAUCGGGUGUGUGCAAUACGCUCUUCGGUCUGUUGCCAAUGGUCGAAGACAAUUUCCAAUUUAAAGUACUGUGUUUCUUGGUACGAGGAUUGGAAGCAAUUGGAGCCAGUGCUUUUUCUACGUCGAGUUUCGUCUACGUUAUACAACUAUUUCCGGAUAACGUCAGUAGCGUUUUAGGUAUAUUAGAAACUUUCGUGGGAUUAGGAAUGAGCGUCGGACCAGCCAUAGGAGGUUUGUUGUCGUCGGUGGGCGGAUACGCUAUGCCAUUUUUCGUCGUAGGUUUUUUGAUGAUCGCCACAGUUCCUCUGCAUAUUUACUUGAUGCCUCCCAUUAAAGACGGCACAAAAGCAUCUCAAGCUGUCGGCAGCCGAUCAAAAGGUAUUGUCAAGCUGCUGAUCAUCCCGUCAGCUUUUGUAGUCGGCGCCAUUAUAACGGUCACAUCCAACUUUUGGGCGUCUCUCGACCCGACGCUAGAGCCACAUUUAAGAGAGAUGGGUCUGUCCACCGACGAAGUUGGACUCGUAUUUCUAUUCUGUUCAAUACUGUACGGCGUAUCCAGUCCGUGUUGGGGUUACUUGGCCGAUAAAUACAACAACCACUGGUCAAUGAUGGCAGCCGGACUGUUAGCGUCGGCUGUCGGGCUAUUCAUCUUGGCUCCUUUCACCUGGUUGGGAGUGACCGAAGACGUUCUGUGGUUGAAUUUGGUUGGCCUUGGAAUACUAGGUGUGUCCGCGUCGUUGACGAUGAUGCCGGCGUUUAAUUUCAUCUUGUCCAGUGCAAUUGAUAACGGAUUUCAAGAAAGCGUUUCCACGUUCGGCACGGUCGCAGGGUUUUGGUCGUCGGCUUACUCGCUCGGCGACAUGACCGGUCCAUCGUUGGGAGGCGUUUUGCUGCAACAUUUUGGUUUCUCCGUUUGCAUGACCACGAUGGGGCUGUUGUGCUUAGUAGUCGCCGUCAUCACGAUAACUUUUUUUGGGGUUUUGAAGAAAAAAAAAAAACGUCCGCGGACCAUUUCGGACAAGAGUCCAUUAAACGACCCGAGGAACGCACAACCAAGGUAUAACUCGUUGAACGACGACCGAGGAGGAUCGAUGAUCAACUGCAGUUUUGCAUGCAAAACCGAAACCACCGAAGUGUGAAUAAAAUCUGUGAACCGAUCUAAAGAAACGAAUGAAUUAGUUUUAAGUUUUAGUCUUUAUUUUUUAUGUAUAGCUCUAUAGGAGAAUAUAGACGGUUAGUUAGACGGAUAAUUUACAUUUUUUUUUGUCAAUAGUUUUUAAUUCAUAUUUUUAUUUGUUUUUAGUUUUUAAUAUUAUACUAUAACGCUAUGCUUCACACCCGUAGUAAAUAUUUAUAAUUAAUUAUAUUAUUCAGUAAAUUAUUAUUAUCGUUUUAAUUGAAAAUAUGUUCGUUGUUUUUUUCUAAUGUAUUCUUUACAUUAUAUUUAUAUAUAUAUCUAUAUAUAUAUUAAUGUCAUAUUAUUAAUUAUUUUAAUAACUAGGUACUUAUAGUGUUUUUGUAAAUUUAAUUGUUCCAAAGAGUGUUUUAUAAAAUCGUUUUUUCUCUUUCUCUACUUUUUUUCAUAAUAAUUAAUGUUUUGUCGCGUAAAUAAUACACUAUGGUAUAUUUAUUAUUAUUAUUAUUGUUAAUAGUUUAAUCAUAUAUUAACACAUUUAUAAUAUAUAUAUUUAUAGGUGUAUAUGUAUAUGUAUAUAUGUAUACCUGUUUGAUUUUUAGUGUGAGUACACUCGUGUUUAGGUACUAUGUUUUUUAUGGGAAAUUGUACAUUUUCACUACUCAAAAUAGAUGGUUGGUUGAUAUUUGACUUGAA